CUCCUUUUUUCACUACUUUCUUCUACUCGAUCUCACUCACAAACCACAAACCACAAGCAGUCUGGUUAACCAAACGAAACCUCAAGAAACCCUUCUCCCAUCUCUCUAAAAACAGGGGUAAAGAAGAAAGCUUAGAUUCGAGGAGGGCAAAGGAGAUGAGCCAACAAGGCAGGAGCUCCACUUUGGUUCACCUUCUGGUGGUGGUUCUCAGCCUCGUUGCUUUCGGCUUCGCCGUUGCUGCUGAGAGACGAAGAAGUGUUGGGCAUAUUGAGAUAGAUGCAAGUCAAGCAACUAACGCAACAUACUGUGUCUACAAGUCUGAUGUUGCAACUGGCUAUGGAGUAGGUGCUUUUUUAUUCCUCCUGUCAAGUGAAACAAUACUGAUGGUCGUGACAAGUUGCAUGUGUUUCGGUAGACCACUAACCCCCGGUGGUGAUCGAGCUUGGUCCAUCAUUUAUUUUGUCUCUUCAUGGUUGACUUUUCUGGUUGCAGAAGCAUGUCUAGUUGCUGGUGCGAAGCAGAAUGCAUAUCACACCAAGUACCGUGGCAUGAUCUUAGCUCAAAACUUCUCGUGCGAAUCGCUGAGGAAGGGCGUUUUCAUAGCUGGAGCUGUGUUCGUAGUUGCAACAAUGAUCCUCAACAUCUACUAUUACAUCUAUUUCUCCAAGGCUACGACUGCCCCGGGUCAUGCUUCUUCUAACAAGGUGAAUCAUUCGAGUUCAACUGUUGGGAUGGCGGGGUACGCUUAGUAAUCGAGCUAUGACGGUGGUAGUACUCUAGAAUAGGCAUUUCGUUUCGUGAAUCACGCACAUCUAUAUAGAGAUAUGUUAUAUUAUGUAUUGUGGUCUGUGGAAGCACAAGCACUGCGGUAGGAGGACAGGGGACUUGUAGAGUUGUAGUAAGCAACGGAGAAAGUCGAGUUAUAUGUGAAUUUGAGUGGCGAAUAUGGGAGCGAAACUCCAUCUGGUUUCCGGAUAAGCUCACAGAUUCCUGUAAGAGUCAGAAACGAGGUGUUUUUUUGUAAUGUGUGUAUUGGGGGUGAUGCUUUUGGUUUUUGAUGAUGUUGGCUUGUUGCACACUCAUAGUCGAUUCUCCUUGAGGGGUUGGGAUAGAAUCAGUUCCUUAGCCGCUUUCCAAGAGACUUGAGUUGGGUGUUAAGGAACAGCAACUCUGGUUUCUCAUUGCUCUAAGCCAAGGUUAAGUUGGAAGCGUCAUAUACAAGUAACAGAUUUUUGUUCACAGGGCAAAAAAGAUAACACCAACUG